GUCACAUUCUCAACACGACCAACCCAGAAGCAGCAAUUCCCCUGUGAGGGCGUUCCGAGGAUUCCUUGCGCUCCUUCCUCCACCUGUCCAACAGGUGUAGCCAGCUGGCGCACUCUGAGGCCGACGGGGGUAAGGCUCUGAGAGGGAGACAUUCAUGGUCAUCUAUGGGUGAGUGUCUGAAAAAAGCUUGCCCAUGUCUGGACGUACUAUGGCAGAGGAUUUUCGGCGUUCCUUCUGGCGAUAAGGGCGAACCGAGUCCCGUAGCCCCGCCGGUAACAGUGCCCGAGAAAGGCUCCAUUUACACGGCGCUCUGGUCGUUUGAAUCCCGGCACCCGGACGAGCUGUCGUUCCAGGAGGGAGACCUGUUCAGUGUCACCAACCGCAGCGGGGACUGGUGGACCGCGCGGAAGAUCGACAAGAACGGGCGCGUCCUGGACACCGGGAUCGUGCCCAAAAACUACCUGGACCGGGCCGAGACGCUACAAAUGCAACAGUGGUAUUUUGGGUCAAUGAACCGCUUUGAGGCCCAAGGCCACCUGCUGGCACCAGGAAAUGACCAAAGAGCUUUCCUCAUCCGGGAAAGUGAGAAAGACGACGUUGGAUACGUUCUUUCAGUGAGAUCAAACAGCCAGGUGAAGCAUUUCAAGGUCCUCACAACAGAUGACGAUUCUUUUCACGUCGAGUACAACAACAAUUUCAGCUCUCUGAUCGACUUGGUGGAGUUCUACUGCGCCAACAGCCUGAACAACAUCGGCACACUGGGAAACCCGUGCAAGAGGAAAAGGCCAGACAUCCAAGAUUUGAAUCAUUUUACAGUGGAUGAGUGGGAGCUCCCGAAAGAGGAGUUCACCCUGGAGGAGGAGCUGGGCAGUGGAUACUUCGCUGACGUCUACCGGGGACGUUGGAAAAAUCACAUUAAUGUCGCCAUCAAGAUCAUAAAAAGUGACUCUGAGUUGAACCACCGAGAAUUUCAGAGGGAAGUUCAGAUCCUGAAGAGUCUCCGCCAUCGCCACCUCAUCUCUCUGUUUGCUACCUGCACGGCCUCCGCCCCUUACUACAUCAUCACUGAGCUGAUGGAGAAAGGCAGCCUGCUCAGUUUCCUCAGAGGUCCAGAGGGGCAGCAUCAAAACAUUGCAUCACUCAUUGACAUGAGUGCCCAGGUGGCUGAUGGGAUGUCAUACCUGGAGGAGCAGAACAGCAUCCACAGAGAUCUGGCUGCUCGAAAUGUCCUGGUGGGGGAGAACAACAUCUGUAAGGUGGCUGACUUUGGACUGGCCCGAGUGAUCAAGGAGCCGUUCUACAUCACAGAAGAUCACAAGAUCCCCUACAAGUGGAGCGCUCCUGAGGCCAUCAGCCACGGGAAGUUCUCCAACAAGUCAGACGUCUGGUCUUUCGGUGUCUUGCUCUAUGAGAUUUUGACCUAUGGAAGCGCUCCUUAUCCAGCCUUCAGCAACCAGGAAACGUACCAGCAGGUUACCAACGGGUACAGGAUGCCGGCUCCGCCCAAAUGUCCCGACUCCCUCUACACCAUCAUGUUGAAAUGUUGGAGCGCCGAGCCUGACGACCGGCCAGAUUUUAAGUCCCUCAAUCUCAAACUGGACAGCAGCUCCUACGAGAUGGAAUGACCGCCGCCCUCCACAACCUGCAGUACAAACUCGGCACCGACAGAGACCGACACAGAUUGGGACAAUUCUUCACGAGGACUCUUGCUUGUACAAUGUCCGAAUUUGCGGAUUUGGGGUUUUAACGCUCAACACAAUCAGUUUUCAGAGAUUGGCAUCUGUACAAGAAAAACAUUACUUCAAAGAUUAAGCAGGUAUUAAGUGUGUGUGUGUUGGAAGUGAAUUUAACAGCAAAAAUAUAUUAAACUCUCACAACUCGAGCAGUCAUCCAUGUCUCAUUUAUCCAGGUGGAUACUCACUACUAUGGAGCUUCCUAUAAUUUCACGUGAUCUUCUCCAUCACAGAGCUAAAGAGACUUGGGAGGCCAAAGAUAAACAUUGAAAAUUAAAAUGUGACUACAUGACUGCGAAAUCUGCUGAUGAAGAUCGUGUGAUCGAAAGUGCAAUCAAAGUAAAGCAAAUGUGAAAAACAGCUCCAACUAAUAAUAUUGAGUCAUGACAAUCUUAAAGCAUUUAAAGAUAAAUACACCAGCAUUCUUGUACAAAUUGAUUAAAAGCUUUCAACAACUUUU